CACGGGAAUACUUCAUCCUGGGAUUGGUCCUCCUUCGACACCUUUUGUACCUCCCAAUCAUUUAACAUCAUUUGCACCAAAGAAGAGCGGAAAAUGGAAUGCAAUGCAUGUACGCAUCGCAUGGGAAAUUUAUCAUUAUCAACAAAAGCAACAAGCCGAAGCAAAAGCUGGAAGUGUUGUUAACACGAAAACUGAAUUGCUAAGACCCCCAAGCCAUCUAUAUCCAGGAGGACCCGCAAGUGGUUUGGGAAUAACUGCUCCUCCUAUGGCACCUCCAUUCCCAACUAAUAUGCCACCUGCGCAUCCUGCACCACCUCCACCUCAUCCCGUUGGCUUCCUAUCCACGCCAACUUCUCAUUUAGGAACUGGAAUGUCACCAUUCGGAAGAUAUCCUUCGACGUUUGGAACGCCCAAUCCAAACUUUCCAGGUCUGUCGAGUUUUCCUCCGGCGAGAGAAAUGCCACCUUUAAGUGGCUUGAGUUCUGUACAUGAUCCAUGGAGAGGAUUGCAACGCGCAUCCACUGGCUUUCCACCUACCACAGUGUCAUGGGGGUUGAAACCAGAGCCACCAACGAUCGACAGACGAGCUGAACUCGAAGAACGUGAACGUGAACGCGAGCGCGAACGAGAACGUGAGAGAGAACGUGAACGUGAACGUGAACGUGAACGCGUUCGACGCGAGAGAGAACGAGAAAGGGAGGAACAACGAGAGAGAGAAAGACGUGAACGCGAAAAGGAAGAGAAGAGAAAGCAGCAGGAAGCUGCCGAACGUGAAAGAGAAAGACGAGAUAAGGAACGUCGUGAGAUGGAGAGGCGCGAGAUGGAAAGAGAAAGAUUGCUCCAUCAAAAUCGACAACACGUGCUGGUAGGAAGAGAACGUUCGCCGUUGAGAAACGGUUCGGCACCGUUAGAUGCUGGAGAAGUUCGAGUCAAGGAAGAACCACGUAGCAAAGACGACGAAGUAGUGAUGCUUCCAAGGCCGUCGGGUCCUGGUCCAGGUGGUACAUCGGGUACAGGUCCUGGAUCAAAUCCAUUGUCUGAUCCAAGAUAUCAUCACCCACAUCCACACGCUUAUCUAACGAGGCAUCCGCACAGUAUGCCUGCACCACAUUCUAUGCCACGAAGUAUGCUUCCAGGCUUAGGUGCACAUCCGAUGCAACAUUUUCCACCACCGUCUGCGCCUACAGGUCAACCAGGAGGUCCUUGGCCAGCGGAUCCCUUUAGAGACUACAGAUACGAUCCUCUUCAACAAUUGCGAUAUAAUCCUCUAAUGGCUGCUGCCGCCUUCAGAGCAGAGGAAGAAGAACGAGCAAAACUUUAUGCAGGAUAUCCACCAGCCCCUGUUAAUACACUUAGAGGCAAAGAUCCUAGUCCUGGACCAUUAAGCAAUUUACAUAUACACCAUAGGGCUGGUCCUGGCCCAGGUGUACCGGCAAGACAACUCGAGCCUGCAUUGAUGCACGCAGACAUUCACAAAAAAGAGGACGCGUCGCAAUCCCGAUGAUACAUCCUCCCAACGUCCUCAGCUUCUGCAAGUGAACGCACCGAUGGCUCCACGUUUUGAACAAUUCGAGUUACAGACACUCUCUUUCUCUCUCCUUUUACUAUACAUCAUCGGUGCUGAUAUUUUGCUAAUGGAGAAGAGGCGCGUUUAUUAUUUAAUAUGGGAAAAGAAUGGAAAAAAAUUGUAUAUAGAUUAUGUAAUUUAUAGUUAUCAAAGAGAGUACGAGAGAACGUGUGAGUAGAAUAUUAUUGACUUGAGAUAUAAGGACCGUACGAUUAAAUACGGUGCUGCUUUUUUUUGCCCGUGUCAUCGUCGAAGAGAGAAGAUCGAUCGCCACGGCUGCUGCUGCGCUCCAUGGUGGUAGCUGAAUAUGGCGAAGGAUUUUUCGCAUCGAUUCAUUUCGAUCAAGCGACACGUUAUGAUGAUGAUGGGGAUCCAUGCUAAAACUGAAGAGAGAAAAAAAACAAGUAAAAAAUUAUGUGAUUUCAGCGAUUUUGGGAAAUCUGACUGUCUAUAGCGAUAUAAAUUUUAAUUUUAAUUUUUAAUUAUUAUUAUUAUUAUUAUUAUUAUUAUUAUUAAUUAUUAUUAUUAUUAUUAUUAAUUAUUAUUAUUAAUUAUUAUUAUUAUUAAUUAUUAUUAUUAUUAUAACAACAAUUAUGCGUACCGUUUAAAAGAAAAAAAAAAACAAAAAACAGCAGAAAAGUAUCGUGUGUAAUAUUAAUAGUUAUUGUAGAAAAAUAUGAAGCGAUGCUACGUUUAAAAGAGAAAAAAAAAAAGAAACAAAUAAGAAGGAAAAAAAAUAAUGAAAUACGAGGGGGAAAAUCCCGAGUGUUAGGUGAAAGGAAUUUAAGCGCAGAUCUCUCUACCAUUAACUCUCAAAAAGUUAUUUAAUUAAUUAAUUAAUUAUUUAUUUAUUGCGACUUAUAAGCGAACUCUUGAAUCUCCUCUACUACACUGAUGUGCAAAUAUGAUCGGUCAACUCUAUUUGCCUCCCUUUUUAAUUAAUUUAAUAUCGAUGUAAUAUAAAUGAUUAUACAUAAAUUUUACUUUUUUGAUAGAG